AUGGCUAUGACGUCGAAACCAAAGCCCAAUCAUUCCAAUGGAAGCGGCCAGAAGAGCAAAGACCGCAUCACUGAAAAAGCUCGAGACCAUACCAAAAAGCGCAUAUCAAAAGUGCUUCGAGGAUUGGAAAAAGCGCUGGCACAAGUUCAAGCUAAUGAAGCCUUUAACCAUACAGUUACACGAAAAUUUCCAAAAAAUAAAAGUUACAGUACAAGUACAUCUGGCCAUAUUCGAGUAGCUAGUGCUGUUUUAGUAAAGAAUGAUGGAAAUAUGUACUUGAAAGAUUUAAAAGAAUCAAUCAAUCUUCCAAUCACUAGUCACAUGCUAAAUCAUUGUAAUAAAUUAGAUAAAAUUAACGUAACCAAAUCUAUAAAAUCUCAAUAUACAACGUCUAAGCAGAGAAGAAAUGAACUGAGACAAGAAAGAGAAAAAUUGCGAGUAGUCAAUGAAAAAGAGGAAGGUAUUACUUAUAAGUCUAAUGUAGCUUUUGAAAAACGUAGCAACAAUGAAAAAUCUAGUCUCAAUGAAGUAAUUGAAAAUACAGAUUUAAAAGAAGAUUAUAAGAUGGUUGUAUUUGAUUUAGAAACUUCAGGCCGAAAGAAAAAUUCAGAUAUUUUACAACUUGCUGCUAUAGUUCAAGAAAAUGUAUUUUCGGUUUAUGUAACGCCCACUCAAGAUGUAGAUAAGUUUGCUUCUGAAAUCAAUGGCUUACACAAUAUCGGAAGAGAACUAUAUUUACGAAAUGAAAAAUUACUUACGUUGUCUAUGGUGGAUGCAUUACAAGCGUUUUAUGCAUUUUUAUGUAAAUCGAUUGUUUAUGGGUUUUGUGAUAGUUUACAGUUAUUUAGACAAAAAUUUCCUGAUCGUAAGGGAAAAGGAGUUAGGCUUUUCAUAUCCAUGAUAAGCUCCGAUUACAAUGGCUGGAAAUUUUUGGAUAAAUUUCUCCCAGAAUAA